GCCGAGUAGAAGUUUGCCCAGCGCUUUCUUGCCGGCUGGUCCGGGACUCGCUCAGCUCCGGGAGCCGCCUCCUUCUGCCGCCGCCGCCGCCGCCGCCGCCGCCGCCGCCGCCGCCCUGUUCUCUCGGGAUUCCUUGUCUGCGGAGGACAGACGCUCUGCUUGCGGGAAUUUGAAGUGGACAAGGGGGCGCAAGGAGGAGGAGCGGUGGGGGGCCAUUUCAGUGACAGCUUUGCGUCGGGACACGAAGCGCGUGGGGCUCCAGCCGCGGCGAAUCUCGCCCACCUUCCCGUGGCCGCCCGGCGGGAGGGCGGGCGAUGCAGCCGCCAAGUCCCGCGGCCGCGAGAGAAAGAGGGGCGCCCCGGAGAGCCUAGAGCUUGUUUCUGUCCACUUGAGGAAGGGAGCAUGGAGUUGUGAGCGCCCCUCGCUCGACGAGGCCGCCUCCGGCAGGAUCCCCAUGGCCGGGACAUACAGCUCCACUCUGAAGACGUUGGAGGACUUGACCUUGGACUCCGGGUAUGGGGCCGGGGACUCGUGCCGCUCGCUCAGCCUCUCGUCCUCCAAGUCUAACUCGCAGGCGCUCAACUCUUCGGCGCAGCAGCAUCGUGGGGCGGCCUGGUGGUGCUACUCCGGCUCCAUGAACAGCCGCCACAACAGCUGGGACACGGUGAACACGGUGCUGCCCGAAGACCCCGAAGUGGCAGACCUCUUCUCCCGCUGCCCGCGCCUCCCCGAGCUGGAGGAGUUCCCCUGGACCGAGGGAGACGUGGCCCGGGUGCUUCGCAAAGGCGCCGGAGGCCGGCGGCUGCCCCUCUUCUCCACAGAGGCGGUGAGGCGCCUGGCGGGGCUCCUCCGAAGGGCGCUCAUCCGGGUGGCCCGCGAGGCGCAGCGCCUGAGCGUACUGCAUGCUAAGUGCACCCGCUUCGAGGUGCAGAGCGCCGUGCGCCUGGUGCACAGCUGGGCGCUGGCCGAGAGCUGUGCGCUGGCCGCGGUCAAGGCGCUAUCCCUUUACAGCAUGAGCGCUGGCGACGGGCUGCGCAGGGGCAAGUCUGCGCGCUGCGGCCUCACCUUCUCAGUGGGCCGCUUUUUCCGCUGGAUGGUGGACACUCGCAUCUCGGUGCGCAUCCACGAGUACGCUGCCAUCUCUCUCACGGCCUGCAUGGAGAACCUAGUGGAGGAGAUCCGGACCAGGGUGCUGACCAGCCAGAGCCCUGACGGUGGAGGGGCAGGAGGCGGGGAGGUGUCCGCGGAGGCCCUGGAGAUGGUCAUCAACAACGACGCGGAGCUCUGGGGCGUCCUACAGCCCUAUGAGCAUCUCAUCUGCGGCAAGAACGCCAAUGGUGUCCUCUCCCUCCCGGCAUACUUCAGUCCCUACAACGGCGGGUCCCUGGGCCAUGAUGAGCGAGCCGAUGCCUAUGCGCAGCUGGAGCUCCGGACGCUGGAGCAGUCCCUCCUGGCCACCUGCGUGGGGAGCAUCUCGGAGCUGAGUGACCUGGUUUCCCGUGCCAUGCACCACAUGCAAGGCCGCCACCCGCUGUGUCCCGGCUCCAGCCCUGCCCGUCAGGCCCGCCAGCCGCCCCAGCCCAUCACCUGGUCCCCAGACUCCCUCCACACACUCUACUACUUCCUGCGGUGUCCACAGAUGGAGUCCAUGGAGAACCCCAAUCUGGACCCCCCGAGAAUGGCCCUGAACAAUGAGCGGCCCUUCAUGCUGCUGCCACCGCUGAUGGAGUGGAUGCGUGUGGCCAUCACCUACGCAGAGCACCGCCGCAGCCUCACCGUGGACAGCGGUGACAUCCGGCAGGCAGCCCGACUGCUGCUUCCCGGCCUGGACUGUGAGCCCCGGCAGCUCAAACCCGAAUGCUGUUUCAGUUCCUUCCGGAGGCUGGAUGCCCGAGCGGCUACUGAGAGAUUCAACCAGGACCUGGGUUUCCGCAUGCUCAACUGCGGGAGGACGGACCUCAUCAGCCAGGCGAUCGAGGCCCUGGGCCCUGACGGGGUUAACACCAUGGAUGACCAGGGUAUGACGCCACUAAUGUAUGCCUGUGCUGCUGGGGACGAAGCGAUGGUCCAGAUGUUGAUUGAUGCUGGAGCGAACUUGGAUAUCCAGGUUCCAAGCAACAAUCCCAGGCACCCCUCCAUUCACCCUGACAGCCGGCACUGGACCUCACUGACGUUCGCUGUGCUGCACGGACACAUCUCUGUAGUCCAGUUGCUGCUGGAUGCCGGUGCCCACGUGGAGGGCUCAGCAGUGAAUGGUGGCGACGACAGCUAUGCAGAGACGCCUCUGCAGCUCGCCUCUGCAGCUGGGAACUACGAGCUGGUCAGCUUGUUGCUGAGCCGAGGAGCUGACCCCCUCCUCAGCAUGCUCGAAGCCAAUGGCAUGGCCACCUCCCUCCACGAGGAUAUGAACUGCUUCAGCCACUCUGCUGCCCACGGCCACAGGAAUGUCCUUAGGAAGCUCCUGACGCAGCCACAGCAAGCCAAGGCAGACGUGCUGUCCCUGGAGGAGAUCCUGGCUGAGGGCGUGGAGGAAAGUGACACAUCCAGCCAGGGCAGCGGCAGUGAGGGACCCGUGAGGCUGAGCCGGACCCGCACGAAGGCCCUGCAGGAGGCCAUGUACUACAGCGCAGAGCACGGCUACGUGGACAUCACCAUGGAGCUGCGGUCACUGGGUGUCCCCUGGAAGCUGCACGUCUGGAUCGAGUCCCUGAGGACCUCCUUCUCCCAGUCGCGGUACUCGGUGGUACAGAGCCUCCUGCGGGAUUUCGGCUCCAUCAAGGAGGAGGAGUACAAUGAGGAGCUGGUGACCGAAGGCUUGCAGCUCAUGUUCGACAUCCUCAAGACCAGCAAGAACGACUCUGUCAUCCAGCAGCUGGCUGCUAUCUUCACACGCUGCUAUGGCAGCAGCCCCAUACCCAGCAUUCCAGAGAUCCGGAAGACCCUGCCGGCCAGACUAGAUCCUCACUUUUUGAACAACAAGGAGAUGUCGGAUGUGACCUUCCUAGUGGAAGGAAAGCUGUUUUAUGCACAUAAAGUCCUGUUGGUGACAGCUUCUAACAGGUUCAAGACGCUGAUGACCAACAAAUCAGAACAAGAUGGCAACAGCAGCAAAACCAUCGAGAUCAGCGACAUGAAGUACCACAUUUUCCAGAUGAUGAUGCAGUAUCUGUACCACGGAGGGACGGAAUCCAUGGACAUCCCCACCGCCGACAUCCUGGAGCUGCUGUCGGCUGCCAGCCUGUUCCAGCUGGAUGCCCUGCAGAGGCACUGCGAGAUCUUGUGCUCCCAGACCCUCAGCGUGGACAGCGCCGUGAACACCUACAAGUAUGCCAAGAUCCAUAAUGCCCCAGAACUGGCCCUGUUCUGCGAGGGCUUCUUCCUCAAGCACAUGAAGGCCCUGCUCGAGCAGGACUCCUUCCGCCAGCUCAUCUAUGGCCGCAGCAGCAAAGUACAGGGCCUGGACCCACUGCAACACCUGCAGAGCACCCUGGCCGAGCGCGUGCACUCUGUUUACAUCACCUCCCGGGUGUGAGGCAGCUGGGGGCACAGCUGGAGGGCACGCCCAGCCCUCUCUGGGCCAGAGCUCUAGACAUCACAGGGGUGGGAAAGGCUGCAAGCAGGUGCUUCUGAGGACAUCUGGACCAGCGUGUAGCUAGGGCCUAUGGCCGCACCAGGGCCCCACUGGGCGAGGGCUGGUUGUAGGUCCUCCUGGAGCCAGGCUGACAGGGCUGUUUCCCCUUCCUUCCACAAUCAUCCUCGGGUGUCACUCUGUCCUUGGGCAGGCAGCUGUGCCUUGAGCCCACCUGUCACUGGACAGCCCUACCCUCAACCCGUUUGCACCUUGAGGGCUGCUGUGUACUCACCCCUGUAUGCCCGUUCUGUCCUGGAGGUCAGCAGCUCACCCCGAUUCACCUCUGCUCUACCAUCCCCACUCCCUGGCCCUCAGUAAGCUCAGACUCCCAACUGGGACUCAUGGGCAUCCUUAUGAAUGUAUAGAAUGUAGACUCUGGGCCCCUGGCCAUUUCAUUCAAAAGCUAGUCUUUUUCUUCAAUGUCAUGUUGGAAAGGCUGCCCAAAUCCCUAAACUUAUUCCUCAAGGCCAUGCCUUUGAAAGGUUUGAUGUGGGCCUAGGGAUCCCUGCACAGAGGGUCACUUUGGUGUCUGAACCUAGAGGGCCUCCCUUGGGGACCGCCAGCUUGCUCAGUUAGUGGUAGAAGGAUGUUCUCCAGCUGACACCUUCAGAGCAUUCAGUCUGAGCAACAGGUGCCUGGUGGCCUCAGCUUUUGUUGUUGCUGCUGGUUUUAGGGGCUAAUGUAAAGGGGUUGAUUCUGAAACCACAGGCAUAGAUGUAGGCUGCCUCUGUGGGUUCACUAAGCAGAACCCUAAAUGUCUCCUCUGGUCAAAUCUCUCAAGUGGAAGAGUCCUUUAAUUCUGACCGGGGAGCGGGACCCACACUUCUCACUGGGAACUGUGGGUCUGAGAGAGCUGAGGGACGGGGCGUUGGGAGAAGGGAAGGGCUGGGAGGAAGGGAACUUCUGCUUCCCCUCUUUUCCCUGCCUUGACAUCUGUGGGCUCUCGUGGGGUGGAGAUGCAGCAUCAGGCCUGGACACUUGUAUUUAUGGACCAGACACUGGGGGAGCGUUCUGGACAGCUUGCUCUGGGUGUAGCCUUCUUCAGCUGUCUGGCCUCACCUUAGAAACUAUUUAUUCACCAAAAGCUCUGGGCACUUCAGGCAGUGUCACUUUAGUCACCCUGAAAAGCCCCCGGGGACUUGCAAUUCUGGAAAAUAUUUUCAACUAGCUGCUUGAGCUGGAUGUACAAAGGAAUAGGCGUUAUUUUAUUGCUGUAAUAUUGUAUGAUAUUGUAACUAUAUAUUGAUGUUGUCACUUAUUGUAAAUGUACUAUGGUUUUAUUAACAAUAAACACUCAUU